UGUGCUGGUUUUGAAUGAUAUCUAAAAGAUAGAAUCAAAGGGAGUCAAAAUUGUGUUUUUUGAAAGAACAAAGGCAUGUCCAGUCUUUUUGUAUUUGUAUUUCCCUUCCUUUAGCAAACAUUAAUGUGAAUGGGACUAAACUUGACAUAUCCCAGUUCAAUGUAUACAUGUAAUCAAAUUUGAUUGUUUACGAUAACCUAUUCGAGUUAAUUUUUUAUAUAUGAAACUCUAUCAGUCAUUAAAAAUGGAUUUGAUUAAAUAAAGUAAAUAUCUUAAAUUUAUAUACAAAAUGCUCUAUGUCAUUGGGUCUCAUAAUGCAUACUAAAAAGAUUUGUUUCAGAUAAUAGGCAUUGUUUAUUAAUCAUUGUUAUCAUUAUUGUCAAAUUGUUGGGAUCAUUUCCAUGCAACAAUAAAUCAUUUUAUUAUACAACACAAAUUACAUUUUUAUUAUUGAAUAUCACCAAGAUGUUUGUAUACCUAAGCAAAAAGAUAGCAAUACCAAACAAUUUUCGAUUAAAUUGCAUAGCAUGGAAUCAAAAGGAAGGUUAUAUAGCAGUCGGAGGAGAAGACGGUCUCUUGAAAGUACUCAGAGUAGAUUCCAGCGUAAGCGGAUCUAACAGUGGUGGAAAAUCUCGGAAUUUAACUGCUGCCAGUAAUUUGAGCAUGAAUCAAACCCUGGAAGGUCAUAAUAGUCAUGUACAAGUUGUUACCUGGAACGAGCAACAUCAGAAAUUGACCUCCAGUGAUCAGAACGGCGUGAUCAUAGUUUGGAUGCUGUACAAAGGAUCCUGGUAUGACGAAAUGAUAAACAAUUGUAAUAAAUCAAUAGUCAAAGGAAUGGCAUGGAGUUCCAACGGUCUAAAAAUUUGCAUAGUCUACGAAGAUGGAGCAGUUAUCGUGGGUUCUGUCGAUGGUAACAGAAUUUGGGGGAAAGAAUUGAAGAAUGUAUCUCUGGCUGCUGUACAAUGGUCCCCGGAUGGAAAGCUAUUAUUAUUUGGCUUAAAAAAUGGGGAGGUUCAUCUUUACGAUAACCAAGGUGUAUUUUUAACAAAGUUACAGAUGGUUUCUCUCAAUACCGGUCAGACCCAAACAAUAGUAACGUUACAAUGGUACGAUGGAAGAAAUGGCUACAUCGGUUUGGACUGUCCAACUUUAAUCAUCUGCUACAGAAACGGUAAAAUACAACUUAUGAGAGACACAAACGAUGAUAAUCCAAUCGUAAUAGAAACCGGUAUGACUGCAGCAUGGUGCUGCUGGAACAGUUGUGGGUCUCUGCUAGCAGUUACAGGAAUGAUGCCGAUGUUAAGUAAUGGAGAGACAAAGGACACGAAUGUCAUUCAAUUCUAUACUCCAUUUGGUAAACAUAUGAAAACUUUAAAAAUACCUGGUAGAGAGGUGACGUGUUGCGCAUGGGAAGGAGGCUCUCUCCGAGUAGCUUUGUCAGUGGAUUCGCACAUAUAUUUCGCGAACAUCCGUUUAGAUUACAAGUGGACUUAUUUCAGUAACACAGUUGUGUACACAAACGAAAAGAUUAGCAAAGAUGGCAUUUGUAUCAUGUUCUGGAACACAGUCAACAACACCUGUUGCACGAAAUACGUGAAAGCGUUGAUAUCAGUGUCCUCGUAUGGAGACCACUGUGUUCUGGCUGUGAAGAAUGAUCUCGUACAAGGCUCUGAGCAAUUCGCCCUUUUGGUCUGCAACUCAAUAGCCACUCCAAUAGACACUAAAUUUAUAGAUCUAGAGCCAUUGUGGGUUACCAUGACUAACAACACCAUCAUAACAGCGUCAAAAAAUAAUUUCUUAGUAUGGAAUCAUCGUACUCCUCGCAAUACCAUGCUGCAUGCAGGUCGAGUUAAAAGGGACAAGAUUUAUCACAUAGACGAAACUCCAACUGGUGUGACAGAAGUUAUUCAAGAUUUAGAUAAAGAUAGAUCAUUUGAAACACCUAUUAAUACAAAGGCUACUAUGGAUCCUAUUUGUUGUCUAUAUGCAACCGAGAAGGUUUUAUUGAUCGGCAGAGAAUCAGGAAUGAUCCAGAGAUACUCUUUACCGCAAAUAACUCUCACGAACAGGUAUAACACAUCCUGUAAAUUGUACAAAAUCGCAAUCAAUUGCGACUCGUCACGCGCAUCCUUGAUGGACACCAGUGGGGUAUUGACUAUGUUGGAUUUAGAUAUUGAUUUGAAAAAGAAUUUCAAAAACGGAGAAACGGAGGAGGAUAUAAAUAAAUUUGAGAGGAAGGAUGUUUGGGCUAUGUGCUGGGCGCAAGAUAAUCCGGCACUGUUGGCGAUCAUGGAGAAGACCAGGAUGUACGUGUUGAGAGAGUUUGAUCCUGAGGAACCGAUAUCGUGUUCCGGAUACAUUUGUUCCUUCCAAGACUUAGAGAUACGUUGCGUGUUGUUGGACGACCUCAUGCAGAAGCCGGACGAUACGAGGAACGAAUUGAUAGUCGAUUUAGAGGUAAAAUCUUUGAGGGACACCAGGGAGUUACUGACGAAGGUAGGAUUGAAGGAAGCCAACAACUUCAUUCAGGACAAUCCUCAUCCACGAUUGUGGCGCUUAUUGGCCGAGUCAGCGUUGCAGAAAUUGGAUCUGGAAACUGCAGAGAACGCGAUGGUACGUUGCACCGAUUACCUGGGUAUACAGUUCAUAAAACGUUUGCAGAACGUGCACAACGAUCAGUUGAAGAGAGCGGAGGUGGCGGGUUUCCUUGGGAACUACGAGGAGGCAGAGAAAUUGUACUUGGACAUGGACAGAAGGGACCUGGCGAUAUCGUUGCGGCAGAAAUUAGGCGAUUAUUUCCGGGUGAUUCAGUUAAUGAAGAUGGGGAUCGGUGGCUCCGACAAGCAGACGGAGCACGCUUACAACAAGAUCGGCGAGUACUAUGCUGAGAGACAGAAUUGGGAGGGUGCGAGGGAGUACUACGAAAAGAGUAGGAACUUGGAGAAGUUAAUUGAUUGUUAUUACAAGCUGGAAGACUUUGUUCAAUUGGCAGGAACCGUGCAACAGUUGUCGGACAAAAGUCCUUUAUUAAAAACAGUCGCGAGAAUGUUAGCGUCCGUAGGUAUGUGUUCUCAGGCUGUUGCGGCUUACAUAAAAUACGGAGACGUGAAGCUAGCCGUGGACACCUGCGUUCGCUUGAAUCACUGGGAUCAGGCGGUGGAACUGGCAAGAACUUACAAGAUGGCUCAAAUAGGAGAAUUAUUGAACAAGUACGCCAAUCAUCUCCUAUCGAACGGUAAAAUGUUACAGGCGAUAGAGUUGUAUAAGAAAGCGAAUUACAAUCUGGAGGCGGCGAAAUUGUUGUUUCAAUUGGCUGAGGAACAGGCGAAGAGUCGAACGAAUCCAUUGCGCGUGAAGAAGAUUUAUGUUCUUGCGGCUUUGCUGAUCGAAGAUCACAUCAACAUCACGCCUGCGACCAAGGGCGGCCGCAGCAACAUUGUGAUGGGUUUAACGGAGAACAAUGAAGACUCUCGCGUGAUAGAGAACGCCUGGAGGGGCGCAGAGGCGUAUCACUUUCUUUUAUUGGCGCACAGGCAGGUAUACUCGGGACACUACGACGCGGCUAUGAAAACCGCCUUGCGUCUCAGAGAGUACGAGGAUAUUCUGCAGCCGGAGGAUAUUUACUGCUUGCUUGCACUGUCGAGCGCUGUUAAUCACGCUUUUGCUGUCUGUUCCAAGGCGUUCAUCAAGCUCGAGUCGCUGGAGAUUAUCUCGGAAUCGGCUAGAGAAGAGUACGAGGAUCUAGCGGUGGAUAUCUUCACCAAGCACAGUCCGAAAGACGUUCGCAAUUCGAAAGCUGAAUGCGCUAAUUGCGAGACAAUGGUACCCGACUGGUGCGUCGCUUGUCCAAAUUGUAUGACCAGGUUUCCUCCUUGUAUCAUUUCAGGAAAACCAUUGAUGGAUCUCAGUAACGCGUGGAUUUGUACCGUUUGCAGGCAUCAUGUUGCUACGGAACGUGACGUGGUUAAUAUUAAUGCUUGCCCCUUGUGUCACAGCACGGUUACGUACAUGUAAUUUAGACGGGUCAGUACGUGUGGACCAAGCAUGGUAAAAUAAAUAUUUGUUACUCGUAGUUUAAUCAACGUGUUCACGGCGAACAUUGAUUACGUAGGAAGCACGUUGUGCCUUGAUAUGGGUGUAUGCUACUUAAAAUAAUUAGAAUAUUUGCUUAUACAGAUUUUGAAAAUUAUUUGAGUAAAUGGUUCUAAUUAUUUUGAGUAAUGCAUUCCGUUAGUUUUUAUUAUGCUAAAGCAUUUACACGUCACAGUAUAUCAAUUUAAUAUACUUAAUUUGGUUGAAAAAGUUUAUUUUUGAUCUCAUUUGUAGGUUUAUAGUUACUUCAUAUUGAACGAAAUAUUUUUUUUCGUGAGUAUAAUACUU